AUGGGAGACAAUGUUGCCCAUUUUUUUUUUUUUAAAGGCCCUUCUUUCUCGUUGUUUUGUUUUUUGUUGUUGUAUUGGCCCCCUCUUUGUGUGGCUCAGUGGCGCUUUUUAGGUGUGCUUACGCCUGUGUCUUUUCGUGUCUGCAUGUGUAUGUGUAUGUGUAUGUGUGUGCAUGUGUGUUGUGUUUUUUUUUUACUUUUCCUCCUAAUUCUUCUCUUACUUCUUUUUCUUUUUUUUGUCUCAGCGGGAAACUCAAAGAGCAACAUUCCCGCCACCUUUCAUCAUUAUUAUUAUUAUUGUUAUUUAUUUAUUUAUUCCUUUUACCUUCUCUUUUCUAUUUGGUCCUCCUUCUCCUCUGCUGUGGGCUCCGUGGCCCAUGCGUCAACACACAAUAAGGUGCAUGCGCACAGACGGUAUACAGCUGCAUAUGCAUACGUUCAUUUAUAUUUAUAUUGA